GUUGAUUCUGCAAGUAUACCGAGUCGGAUACGGCGUCAGAGAUCACAAUGAGAACAGAGGCUAGGAGCCAGAAAGUUAUAAAAGCCCAUGGAUGGACGGCCCUUUGAAGCAUACCAAACCAUCCUCUUCACUUCCCCAGCCUCUCCUCCCUCAGAAUCCAGGCAAGUCUCUCAACCAAUGCACAGGAAAUCUCAGACUAACCCCCUAUCAGAUCAAUUCUCCUCCGACAAAAUGCGUUUCUCUGCUAUCGUCGCUCUCGCUGCUGCCGCUCCCACGGCUCUUGGCUGCACUUUCGUAUUCGAGUUAAACCACGACACAGCCUAGGGUGGCUUCAACGAGGUAUCGCAUUUUGCAAGAAUCUACGAGAGCGAUAGCCCGAAUUUCA